AUGGGAAACUGCACUUGCUUAGAACGCAAUAACCACAAGGUAAAAGCCCCAAAAAAGUCAAACUCUACUAGCAAAACAGCGGAAUCAGACGACAAUAAAGCUGACACAAAACCUCAAACUCCACGUGUCAAUAAAUCUAAAUUUGUUAAGAAAUCUCUAGGGAGUUUGAACCAAAACUUCGAAAUCCUCAAACAUCUCGGCGAAGGUGGCUAUGGGAAAGUUUAUUUAGUAAGAGAUAAACGAACUAACAUCAUACGAGCUAUAAAAGAGGUCCAAAAAUCAAAAACUGAUAGUCAGUCAAACCAAUCGUUAUUAGAUGAAGUAGAAAUUCUUAAAGAACUAGUAAUUUCUAUUAUAGGACCAUCCAAAUAUAAUGAAAAUUUAUGAAGUGAUAGAAUCAUCAGAUUGCUAUUAUAUUGUAACGGAGCUACUAUCGGGCGGAGAGUUAUUUGAUAAGCUUUUACAUUAUGAAGAGAUAACUGAAGGGAUUGCAGCGAAGUAUAUGUUUGAUAUUUUAGGAGCUUUGAAUUAUUGCCAUGCACGUGGGAUCAUCCACAGAGAUCUGAAGCCUGAAAAUCUGCUAUUUGAAUCAAAAGACCCAGAUUCUGCUUUAAAAAUUAUUGACUUUGGAAUUGCUUCGAAGCUCCUUCCAAAUUCAAAAUUAUCUGAAGCCAUCGGCACAGUAACAUUCUAUAUAGAUCUACUAUAUGGCUCCAGAGGUCCUAGAAGGCUCCUAUGACUCUAAAUGUGACAUAUGAAGCGCUGGAGUAAUUUUAUUCAUUAUGCUUACUGGGAAAGCACCAUUUAAUGGUGAAACUCAAGCUGACACUAUUUUGCAGAUAUCUGAAGGAAUCGCUCACAAAAAGAAAUAUCUUAAACAUUUAUCUCCGGAUGCUAAAGAUCUUAUUGUAAGCAUGCUUAAUUCUGACCCAAAUUUGCGCCUAUCAGCUCAAGAAGCGUUAGAUCACCCAUGGAUCCAAAAUAAUAUCAAUAAAAAUAUAGAAGAUCUUCCUAUUUCUCAAGAUGCGUUAUCAAGACUAGGCGGUUUUAGGGUAUUUUUUAUAUAGGCUUCGACAGAGCUGCAAAAGUCCAUAUUGAUUUUCAUUUCUUCACAGAUUUUUGGGCAUAAUGAAGAACAAGAGUUAGCCAGACUAUAGAAAUUUCCCAUAGAUGGCGCUGUUUGCCCUUGAUUUGCCCACUGCGAAAAUUUUUUGGUUCGACCAGUACCAUAUGGUUUGGUCAAACCAAAAAAAUUUUCGCAGUGGGCAAAUCAAGGGCAAACAGCGCCAUCUAUGGGAAAUUUCUAUAUUUAGAGAGCUAGAUAAAAAUGGGGAUGGAAAAUUAUCACGUGAAGAGCUCGAAGAUGGCUACAAAAAUCUCAAGCUUGUAUCAAAAGCCCAAGUAGAAGAAAUCAUUAAUAACUGCGACACUGAUGGAAGCGGAUAUAUUGACUAUAGUGAAUUUCUUAUGGCCGCUACCAACUGAAAUCAAGUUUUCCAAAAAGAACAGCUGAGAAAUGCAUUUAGCUUAUAUGAUCAGAGUGGUGAUGGGCUUUUAUCUUUAGAAGAGUUGAAAACUUCAAUACCAGGUAUUGAAGACAGUGAAUGGGACAAGUUUUUAGAAGACGCUGAUUCUGAUGGCGAUGGAAUGAUCAGCUUAAACGAGCUUAAGCAAUAUUUAUCUAACAAAAUAUUUAAUUAA